AUGCCUUUUAAGCAAGUAACUCAGUUUAAUAGAAUUAUUAAGCGCGGCCGAAGCCGUUUAAGAAUAACUAUUGCUAUUGCUGCAGCUGCGGCGGCUGCGGCGGCUAUACCACGCACUUUCACCUCCGAAGCUUCGCCCUUUCCUUUAGACCUUCUUAUUAAGCGCUUGCUUAUGCUAACGACUGUCAAAGCUUUAAACAAUUGCACCGUUGCUUUUGCCGCUGCUAAUACCGCUUUCGAUAACUUCCUCGCUUUAAAUGCUAUCCUUUUAAGAAGUGCUGCUAGUAGUUCGAGCGAUUUAGCGAGUAAAAGUAAAGGUUUUAAAAAUAGUCCCGAUAGCUUUGCAGGUUUUGCUCUUGCUCUUAAGACCUUUAAUUUAAAUAUAGCCUUUAUUGAAUUGAAUAGUCUUAUAACAGCGAACCGUGGUCCGAUGACUCGGAGCGCUUCGAGUAUAUUACCUCUUCCUCUUGCGCUUGCCGCCUUUGUUGCUCCCGUCGCUUUCGCUGCUCUCGUCGCCUUCGCAGCUCUCGUCGCUUUCGUCGCAUUUAUUAUCGUCGCUCCUUUUGCGCUAGUCGUUGCGCCUGCCGCUUUCGCAGCGGCGCCCGCCGUUGUUAUGAUUCUUGCAAAGCGCCGAGCUAAAGUAAAGAGAUUGCUAAGAGCUUUAAUCGAUCUUUUGUUAUAA